GGUGGAGAAGUAAACCCUAGAACAUUCCCCAUUAGACUUGUUCAAUUUUACUCUCUUGACUCACACAGUUUUUUUCAUAACCCAUCUGCAUCAGAACCUUACUUUCAUUCUUUUUCUUCCUUAGGGGGUGUUCUGAGAUCACAUAGAAAAAUGGUGAAGGGAGUUGCUGUUCUUAACUCUAGCGAGGGUGUCAAAGGAACUAUCCUCUUUGUCCAAGAAGGAGAUGGGCCAACCACUGUGACCGGAAAUGUUUCGGGUCUUAAGCCUGGCCUUCAUGGUUUCCAUGUCCAUGCUCUUGGGGAUACCACAAACGGUUGCAUGUCAACUGGUCCACACUUCAAUCCAGCUGGUAAAGAACACGGUGCCCCUGAAGAUGAGCAUCGCCAUGCUGGUGAUCUUGGAAACAUCAUUGUUGGUGAUGAUGGAACUGCUACUUUCACAAUAGUUGACAAGCAAAUUCCUCUUUGUGGUUCAAACUCCAUCAUUGGUCGUGCUGUCGUCGUUCACGCUGAUCCCGAUGACUUGGGAAAGGGAGGACAUGAGCUAAGCAAGAGCACUGGAAAUGCUGGUGGCAGAAUUGCUUGUGGUAAGUUGAUAGUAGUAGUGUCAAUUGAAUUGUAAUCCAAGUGUUAAUUCUUAUGAUCCUUUGUGUAUUCAUUUUUUUUUUUUUGGCUAUUGUGUAGGUAUUAUUGGUCUUCAAGGAUGAAUUGCCUCCUUAUGACUAUCUUGAAUAAGAGGGAAAAUACAUAGCAUAUUGAUAAUUGGGUUGGGUGGGAUCCAUUUUAUGCUUUUGUACAAGUUUGUACUUUUGUACUUGUGGAGACCAUGUUCUCAUUCUGGUUGAAUUUGAUAUACAUGUGUUUUUGUGUUUUGGUGACCAUUAACUUCUCUCACUCAAGACAUUGCCUUAAGCCUAUUAAUAAGUAAUGAGAAUGAAUGGUAAGAUAGUCAUUUUCUUA